CGGGAGGUCGGGCAGCAGCCUUUUUCCGGCACCUAAUUGGGCGGUCGCCCUUCCGAUUCCCCCGCGGGGAUCCCCGGCGUGCGCGGAGCCAGGCUCGCUCCUCCUUCCCUGCGCAUGCGCAAAGGGCGUCGCGGCUCCCGGGCCUCGCCUGAGCAUGUGCAGAGAGCCGCCGUCCCGAGGCGCCCGGAUCCCCGCCUGAGAGCCCGCGGGAGACUCUUCCCCUGGGGCGGCCAUGGAGGCGGAGGGUCCGCGCAGCGUGCAGAUCGAGUUCCCGCACUACGCGGCGGGGCUGCUGGAGUCGCUGAACCGGCACCGGCUGGAGGGCAAGUUCUGCGACCUGUCGGUGCACGUGCAGGGCCGCGUCUUCCAGGCCCACAAGAGCGUGCUGGCCGCCGCCUCGCCUUACUUCCACGACAAGCUGCUGCUGCGCGACGCCGGGCGCCUCGUCCUGCCGGGCGCCAUCGAGCCCGACGCCUUCGAGAACCUGCUGCAGCUCAUCUACUCGGGCCGCCUGCGGCUGCUGCUCGACGCCCUGCCCGGGCACCUGCUGGCGGCCAGCGGGCUGCAGAUGUGGCAGGUGGUGGACCAGUGCUCGGGCAUCCUGAAGGAGCUGGAGGCGGCCGGAGGGCCCCUCUCCUACAGCCGCCCCUGGGCCGCCCGCGCCGCCGAGAGCCCCAGCAGUAGCAGCGGCGGUGGCCAUCGCCCGGGCCUCCGGGAGGAUGGCGGAGGAGGGUCCGGCCGCCCCCGCCGCCCUCGGCGCCUGGACGAGGAGGAGGAGGAAGAGGAGGAGGUGGUGAAGAUCCGGGUGUCCCAGGAGGAAGAGGAGGAGGAGGAAGAGGAGGAGGAGGAGGAGGAGGAAGAGGACCGGCAGGACCAAAUCUGUAGCGGCUCUGCUAACCGGACGGUGAAGGUGGUUUUGGAGGAGGAGGAGGAAGAGGGCCGCCGCAGCAGGAGCCGUCUCGGUAAAGGCUCCAGGGAGCUGGGCCCUGCCUUUGCUUCAUCCCACGAGGUCCCCAAAGUCUUCUAUAUCAAGCAGGAGCACUUCGAACCUGAGGAGGUCGCUUCCUCCGCGCUGGGGGGCAACCCGGCCUCCUGCCUCUCUGAUGCCGGCUUCCUGAAAUCCCUGAGCCGGCCCCCGGCUGCAUCUGAGGUGCCGGGCAUCUGCCAGCCAGAGGUCCAGGCUGGUGGGCAGCUCAGUUACCUCCCCGUACCUGGCGGAGAGUCCACGGUUCUUGGCUGCUUGGCUGGGAAGUCCCAGGCCCUUUCUGCAGAUUCCGUGGCGGCUUUCCCUGAGAGCUCGUGGAAGCCCGUGGACCUGCAUGGCAAUGAGAUCCUGGCCCACGCCGUGCACGGCCAGGCGGUGCACGCGCCCGUCAAGCUGAUGUCUGCACCUGACGGGAAGAAGUUUGGCUGCCUGUGCGGGAAGCGCUUCGCCGUGAAGCCCAAGCGGGACCGGCACAUCAUGCUGACUUUCAGCCUGAGGCCCUUCGGCUGCUCCGUUUGCAACAAGAAGUUCAAGCUGAAGCACCACCUGACGGAGCACAUGAAGACCCACGACGGGAACCUGCACACCUGCCAGGACUGUGGCCGCAAGUUCCGUGUCCAGAGCUGCUUCUUGAAGCACAAGGAGCUCUGCAAGGGGCAGGGCUGGGCCACUGCCUGCUGGACCUACAAGUAG